GCGACUCGAUGGCAAAUGUGGUCAGCAGCGCUGUACGCUAUUAUAAAUUCAGUGCGAAGGAGGGGAUCCUCAAGCAGUUCAGCCCACGAGUUCGUCAAAAAGCAUUCUUUUUGUACCAGCGGGAGAAGAGGCAGCACAAUGAAUAAAAUGAGAGUGAUGUUGAUUCGCGCAGUCCUGCAGGACGUCAGGGGCUUCGCGACUGCAUCUUACACUGCUCCUGCCGCUCAGGGAGCACCUUUGAAGAAGAUGCAGGAGAUCAGCUCUGAAGAUGUCAUGCACAGGGAGGAGAAGUUCAGCGCCCACAACUACCACCCGCUGCCGGUGGCCAUCUGCAAGGCGAAAGGGGUGCACAUGUGGGAUAUGGAGGGACGCAAGUAUUUGGACUUUCUGAGCGCCUACUCGGCAGUCAACCAAGGCCACUGCCACCCCCGCCUCUUGGCCGCGCUGCAGGAACAGGCCAGCAAGCUGACCCUCACUUCCAGGGCGUUUUACUGUGAUUUGCUUGGAGAAUAUGCAGAGAUGGCGACGAACCUUUUCGGCUACCAGAAGCUCCUCCCGAUGAACACAGGCGUCGAGGGCGGCGAAACAGCAUGCAAGCUGGCCAGAAAGUGGGCUUACAUGAAGAAGGGCGUGCCAGACAACCAAGCUGUCAUCAUAUUCGCUGAGGGUAAUUUCUGGGGCCGCACUAUGUCCGCUAUCUCCUCAUCGACGGACCCCUCAAGCUACAAGGGCUUCGGGCCGUUCAUGCCAGGCUUCAAGCUGGUGCCCUACGAUGACCUGGAGGCUCUAGAGAAAGCCCUGGAGGACCCCAACGUGUGCGCCUUCAUGGUGGAGCCCAUCCAAGGCGAGGCCGGGGUCGUGGUGCCCAAGGAUGGCUACCUCAAGGGCAUUCGGCAGCUGUGCGAUAAGCACAAUGUCCUCUGGAUCGCCGACGAGGUACAGACCGGGCUCGCCAGGACCGGACGCCGCCUCGCAGUCGACCACGAGGGUGUCAAGCCAGAUAUCCUCAUCCUCGGCAAAGCUCUCAGUGGUGGAAUCCUGCCUGUGAGCGCUGUGCUGGCCAACGACGACGUGAUGCUGUGCAUUAAGCCAGGUGAGCACGGCUCCACUUACGGUGGCAACGCGCUGGCCUGCAGGGUGGCCAUGGAGGCGCUGCAGGUGCUCGAGGACGAGAACAUGGCUCAGAACGCCGAACGACUGGGAAAUAUUUUCCGCGAUGAGCUCCGCAAGCAACUGCCUCAGGAAAUCGUGACCCAGGUCAGGGGCAAGGGACUGCUCAACGCAAUUGUGAUGAAUCCAGAAAUUGAUGCGUGGGAGGUUUGCUUGCACAUGAAGGAAAAGGGACUGCUGGCCAAGCCAACGCACGGACACAUCAUCAGACUGGCUCCUCCGCUCGUUAUCACGGAAGAACAGAUCAAGCAGAGCAUUGAGAUUAUUGUCAAUUCGGUACUCGCCUUCAAAAAAUAAUAAAUAAUGAUAAUUGAUAAUCCAUUUUGCCUUAACUUUGUAUCGAAAAAUCGGAAAAAUUCAUUGUUACAAUUUUUAUAACCCUGAUUUAAACACUAAUAAAUAGUUAAAAGUGCGACAGAA